ACGAACUUAAAGUGUUGAUUUACGCAUCCCAACAAAGAAAGAAAAACAAAACACAUUUUUAUAGUUAACACAAUUAUUACCUAGGUAUAUGUUAAAUUAAACACCAUCAAAUCAGCGUGAGUCACUGGAGUGAGGUUUAAUCUUAAUAGUCAGUAUGGCCAAUGCCCCCAAAGAGGACGCUCCUCCGAGCUACGAAGAAGUCAUGAACGCAACCUCAACUCAUGAUUCCGGAUUGAUAGCCGGCACGCAUUAUGGAGCACCAACUGCGCCACCGCCCACUAUGCACGCUCCCUCCUACGGAGCCUUCGAGACGACUCCGGUCAACGUGGUCAUCCAGCCGCCGGUUCCUCCAAUAGCCACGGAGAUAAUAGUGAUUGGAGGAUGUCCGGCCUGCCGAAUUGGUUUACUGGAGGACACCUAUUCAGCAGCCGGCCUGUGCUGCGCCAUUUUUUUCUUCCCCAUCGGAAUCCUAUGUUGUUUGGCUAUGAAGGAGAAGCGGUGCCACAACUGCGGGAGUGUCUUCUAAGCAAAGGCCUGUCCUUUAUUAUUAACUCUAAUGGAUUUGGUGGUCUCUGAUCAUGUGACUUUUCUUUAUGACGACUGCACAUAUAUUUUUGAUAUCACAAAACCCCAAUAUUUUAUUUAUUGUUAUUCUAUUAUUGUUAAUCGUUAGCUUUGAAAUAUCACACAUUAUAUGUAAAUAAGAAUCAUGGAACUAUCCAGAUUAGGGAACAUAAGAAAAAAAAUAUAUAUUGUAGUUAUACACAUAUAGUCACAUUCGCGGAUAAAUCUAUUUUCGUUUAAGGGAAUUUAUUGACAUUUACGCAUAUAUUUGUUAAAGAUAAGAUGCUUAUUGGCAUUUAGUGGCGAGAAAAGUGACUAAGUUCAAAAUAAAUUACUGUUUUUAGCUAAAAAUGGUAUAUCGCACCAUUUAA